UUCCGACUGGCUAUUCACAAGCAAGAUGGGAUGCGGCCCUUCCAAGUCGCCGCAGCAGCCGUAUGUGCAUGUACCGGAUGCGAACUUCCGCCCCGCACCUGUGACUCCUCGUCAGAACUAUGGAGGGACCAACGGCAGCCGUCCUGGAGUUGGCACCACCGGUAGUCGCCAGGGCAUCUCCUACCCCGGCGGGUCGACCGCGUCGCGAACGACGACGCGCACCACGUCAAACGGCGGCACCCGCACUACGAAUCGAUCCACACGUGGUCCGGGCGAUCGUAUCGUCGGAGGAAACGUGCCCAUGAAGAUCCACGACGACGUGCAUUGCGGCGAGUACGUGGAACUGGAGUCGUUCAAACACGAGUACUGGCUGGACCCGAACGACAUUGUACACACCCGCGCGGUGCAAAGCAACUACAUGAAGACCGAACUAGGGCAUUACCUCGGGCAGCCCGUGCUGAUCAAGAGCCUCAAUUUCUCCGCAUCGUCGGACGACCUCGCCAAGAACAAGAAGGCACUGGUGAGCGAAGUGCGAUCCAUGACGCGCAUUCAGCACCCCAACAUCGUCAAGUUCCUCGGUUUCUACAUCACGGAAGACCACGGACUGUGCUGCAUCUCCGAGUACAUGGAGGGCAAAACGCUGCGUCACCUGCUCAACAACAAGCGCCAGUCGCUCUCUUGGCCUAAGGAGAAGAUCGCGAUUGCCUUGGACAUCGCCGCCGCGCUCGUGUACAUGCACUCACUCAGCCCGCGCCUCAUCCACCGCAACAUCAAAGCCGAGAAGGUCCUGUUGACCAACCGCCGCGAAGCCAAGCUCAGCGGCUUUGGCUGCGCCCGCGACCGCACGUACGAAAACACAAUGACUGCCGGCGUCGGCGACAUCCAGUGGAGCGCGCCGGAACUUCUUCAGGACGGCGAAGACUACGACGAAAAGGUCGACGUGUACUCGUUUGGGGUCGUGCUGACUGAGCUAGACACGCGUGAGAUUCCGUUUGCGAACGAGAUGGCCGCUAUGGCCCGGGCCGAGAUCACGAUGAAGCUAGUGACGGGUAUGCUCCGGCCGGCCCCGUCCGCCGAGUGUCCGCCGUGCAUUCGCAAGAUCAUCCACCAGUGUCUCCAGCAUGAUGCAUCCCUGCGCCCCACGAGCGACCGCGUGCUGCAGCUGCUCCGAGACGCGCGACUCCAAUUACUGGACCUCAAAUAGAUGAGAAUUGAUUUAUAUGUUUUGGAGAUCGAAUGCAAAGCGUUGGUUAUUGUCGUG